AUCCCAACUCCAAAUCAAGGUGAAGUUUUGGUUAAAUUGGAGGCAAUUAGUCUAAAUCCAAUAGAGAAAGGGAUAUGGUGCCCAUUUUCACCAAAAUAUUUCCCCUACAUACCAGCUACUGAUGUAGCCGGAGAAGUCAUAAAGGUCGGACCGAGAGUCACAAAUUACAAAACCGGGGACAAAGUUGAUGCUAUGCUUAAUCAUCCUACUGGAGGCGGACUAGCUGAAUAUGCUGUGGCUAAGGACAACUUGAUAGUUUUAAGGCCACCGGAAGUAUCAGCAGCCGAAGGUGCAAGUUUGCCCGUUGCCGGUCUCGCAGCUCUCCAGUCAGUUACUGAGUCAGCCAGGGUCAAGCUCGACGGAACUGGCCGGCAUGUAAACCUCUUGAUUACUACUGCUUCAGGUGGUGUAGGUCAAUAUGCAGUUCAACUAGCAAAGCUUGGAAACACACAUGUGACAGCCACUUGUGGUGCUCAUAAUUUGGAUUUAGUCAAGAGCCUCGGAGCAGAUGAGGUUCUUGACUACAAAACUCCCGAUGGGGUGGCUCGUAAAUACGAUGUCGUAAUCCAUUGUGAGAUGGACAUUCCUGGGUCUACAUUUGAGCCUAAUUUGAGUACAAACGGGAAGGUAAUCGAUUCGAAGCCCGUUAAGGCUGAAGAAGCAUGGGCUAAGAUCAGUGAUGGUCAUGCCACUGGUAAGAUUAUUGUGGAGCCUUCAGUUUUAUGA